AUUCUUUAACUCUUUCAAAGAAAACCUAUAAACAAGAACUCUAAUAUGCCUAAAGCCGUCGGAAUUGAUCUUGGAACCACUUACUCCUGUGUUGGUGUCUGGCAAAACGAUCGUGUAGAGAUCAUUGCCAAUGACCAGGGUAACCGUACCACUCCCUCCUAUGUUGCCUUUACAGACACAGAACGUCUUAUUGGUGAUGCUGCAAAGAAUCAAGUAGCUAUGAACCCUUACAACACUGUGUUCGAUGCCAAGCGUCUCAUCGGUCGUCGCUUCACCGAUUCCGAGGUCCAGUCUGACAUGAAGCACUUUUCAUACAAGAUCAUCAACAAGGACGACAAGCCCGCAAUCCAAGUUGAAUUCAAGGGUGAAACCAAGAUCUUCACUCCCGAAGAAAUUUCCUCCAUGGUCCUCAUCAAGAUGAGAGAAACCGCCGAAGGUUACCUUGGCACCAAGGUCGACAGUGCUGUCAUCACCGUCCCAGCCUACUUCAAUGACUCUCAGCGUCAGGCCACCAAGGAUUCUGGUGCCAUUGCCGGUCUCAAUGUCCUUCGUAUCAUCAACGAGCCGACCGCAGCCGCAAUUGCCUAUGGACUUGACAAGCAAACCAAGGGCGAGCACAAUGUUCUCAUCUUCGAUCUUGGAGGUGGAACCUUUGAUGUAUCUCUGUUGACCAUCGAAGACGGUAUCUUUGAGGUCAAGGCCACUGCUGGUGACACCCACUUGGGUGGUGAGGACUUUGACAACCGUCUCGUUAACCACUUUGUUCAGGAGUUCAAGCGCAAGUACAAGAAGGAUAUCUCCGAAAAUGCCCGUGCUGUCCGCCGUCUCCGUACUGCAUGCGAGAGAGCAAAGCGUACUCUUUCUUCGUCUGCCCAGACCACCAUCGAAAUCGACUCUCUCUUUGAGGGCGUUGACUUCUACACCUCUCUCACCCGUGCUCGUUUCGAGGAGCUCAACCAGGAUCUCUUCCGCACAACCAUGGAGCCUGUUGAGAAGGUUCUUCGCGAUGCCAAGAUUGACAAGGGUUCAGUGAACGAGAUUGUCCUUGUCGGUGGCUCAACCCGUAUCCCCAAGAUCCAGAAGAUGGUCUCUGACUUUUUCAACGGAAAGGAGCCCUGCAAGUCCAUCAACCCCGAUGAGGCCGUUGCCUACGGUGCCGCUGUUCAGGCUGCAAUUCUUACUGGUGACACCUCUGAGAAGACUGACUCUCUCCUGUUGCUCGAUGUCGCACCCUUGUCACUCGGUAUUGAGACCGCUGGUGGUGUCAUGACUCCUCUCAUCAAGCGUAACACAACUGUACCCACCAAGAAGUCUGAGAUCUUCUCCACCUACGCUGAUAACCAGCCUGGUGUGCUUAUCCAGGUUUAUGAGGGUGAGCGUGCACGCACCAAGGACAACAACUUGCUUGGCAAGUUCGAGCUGACCGGUAUUCCUCCCGCUCCCCGUGGUGUACCUCAGGUCGAGGUUACCUUUGAUGUUGAUGCCAACGGUAUUCUCAAUGUCACUGCUCUUGACAAGACCACCGGAAAGUCAAACAAGAUUACCAUUACCAACGACAAGGGUCGCCUAACCAAGGAGGACAUUGAACGCAUGGUCAACGAUGCCGAGAAGUACAAGGCCGAAGAUGAGGCAGCCGCAGCCCGUAUCGCAGCCCGAAACGGCCUUGAGUCCUAUGCUUACAACCUCCGCAACACACUUGCUGAAGAGAAGGUUUCUAGCAAGCUUGAGCCCGCUGACAAGGAGACUCUUACAAAGGCUAUUGACGAAGCUAUUUCCUGGAUGGACAACAGUGCCGAGGCCAGCAAGGAAGAGUAUGAGUCUCGCCAGAAGGAACUUGAAGAGGUUGCCAACCCCAUCAUGACCAAGUUGUACGCAAGCACAGGUGGUGCUCCUGGCGGUGGAAUGCCCGGAGGUGCUCCUGGUGGAUUCCCUGGUGGUGCUCCUGGUGGUGGCGCCCCUGGUGCUGAUGGACCUACUGUUGAAGAGGUCGACUAAUUUAAUAUAUACAUUUUUAUAUAUUUUAUUUUCUACUCUCUUACUUUACUCCUAUUCUAUUCUACUUUAUAUUCUAUUCUAUCAUUUCCUUUGCUCUCUUGCACACACACAAACAAACAAACAAAAAAAAGCCACUUCUUUACUCCCCUCCUUACCUACCUAACUUUCACUCUAUCUCCUUUCCUCUUUUUUUUGCUUAUCUCUCUAUUAGUCCUAACCUCUUUUCCCGUUCCAUCACAUUUCGAACACCAUGUUCCCUUAAAGAAAUCUGCAUUACUUUUGUAUAUUCCAAUUGCAGAUCUUCAUUUGUUUAAAAAAAAUAAAGCAAUAAAAGCUAUAAUAUUUGUUUAU